UUUCCGCAUAGGUUUGCUGCAUCUCGCAGGGAAAUGAAACCCGAAAAUAUGUGGGACAUUAUUAUAGAUCUGCAGCUAUUUUUGAAGAAAUAAAGUUUGCAAAAAUACUAUUUUUUGAACGGCGAAUCCUCUUAAUAUUACGAAAAUUGCCGCUCCACUCGUCAGUUAGUGUGGCGGAAUUUUCAACUCAGCAAAUUUAAUGUACCUAUUACAUUUUUUUAUUUAUUUAUUUGGUACACAUACAGAAGUACAAUUACAUCAAUAAAUAAGUCAUCACAUAACAAUGCAGCAUAUUCAAGUUGUACUUCCAAUGACAUGUGUACCUACACAAUAUCAUAAAACAAAAUCAAGGCAAACAUUAUAAUUUUGAGUAGGUUCAAAAUUUAUGCACAAUUUAAAUAUGCUUUUUUCAAAAAAUCAUGUUUUUAUCUAAAUACAUACUAUAAAAGUCACAUUUUACUUAUAUUAGGGUUUGUUAGGGUUGCUUAUAAAUUAAUCAUCGAAGACAACUAUACUUGUUUGGUUUCAUUUCAGUAUCAACAAAAUUCUUAUCGCAGUCUUAAAUGAAAAAAGUUUACGAGCUGUUGUUCAUUGUUAAAUCAGAAAACAUCAAAGAUGAUAGCAACUUUUAUGUUCGAUAGCAAAUGUUUAAUUCAUCCAUGAAAUUAAGUCUCGAUUGUUUCCAUACAGAACAUACAUUUACAUGCCUAACUUUAAUUAAUUUUUAUAAAAUGUUAAUAGUUUUGUUUAUGGUACGUAUGAGCUAGCAAUCCUGUAUAUUUUCGAAAAUGUAGUCAUAUUCAUUGCCUAUAAAUAAUAAAUUUAUUAUUACAUUCUUAUUUUCCAGCUCAAUUUUGCUAGUUCAAUGUCGAUACAGUCAAAUAAAAAAAGUUACUUUUUAGAUAACAGUGAUAUAGAAAAUAAUGUUGCUGAUUUAAUGUCUUUGAAAGGGUAUCUGCCAAAUGAAAAACAUUUUCCUAAGAGUGAAAAAUAUCCUUCUGUUAGUAAAUCUGCUGGUAAGUACGACGUCACAUAUUUACUUUCUAAAUUAUCAGACGAAGAGCUUUUAAAACUAUUAAACGAGCAGCCAAAGAAAACGGAAUACGAUUUAAAUGACAUAGUCAGGUUCGCUUUUGAUUCAAAAUAUGUCCAAGAUAUUAAAACGAAAUCAGAAUCAGUCGAUAGUAAGCCGCGGGAAGUAAACGGGGCUCUCUAUGAUGAAAAUAAGAAGUUUCGUACAGUAACUGGUAAAGAAGAACCCCGCAUUGCUUUUUUUAGGCUUGAAAAUAAGCAAGUGGAUCCAUAUAGUGUUAAAGCAGAUAGUGAUCCUAAUUACGUUGCACUUCAGAAGCUAAACAAUAUGUUGUACAGUCGUCCUUCAGAAUUGGAGAAGGACGAUAAAAGUAACGAAGAUGACGCAAAGAAAGAAUUACUGUUCGAUGUACUUGUGGCACAGUUAAAAACGUUGUGUUGCAAAAGGACAAAGUCGUUUAAACGUGCAAAAAAACAUGACACCCCUAAUGACUUACAUCCCAUUAUUAAUAUGAAUUCUCAAAAUCAUAAACUAUUGACGAACGAACAUAUGUUUUUGAUUAUUAAUGAUGAAAUAAGAAGUAAUGGAAGUGAUGAAUUAAUAUCAGUGGAUCCAGAUAGUCUUGAGCUAAACAGCAGCGUCUUACUAUUAGGCCCUAUAGCAACACCUUUGACAGACUUUCAACUUAGAUUAGUGAUGAGUCGUAUAUCGAACGAAUUGUCUAAACCCGAAUAUCUACCACUACUACAGCAACUUUCUGACGGAACUUUAAGUGGUAAUAACAUAAAGUUAAUGAAAAGCUUAGUCACCGGGCCAGAGACACGGCGAUAUAUAAAACCACACCGGUGUAAUUAUCAGUCCAAACUGGCCAGAAUAUAUGGAGGACCUAAGUGGUUAAUUUGUACCGGUUACUUAAACCUUAACACGCCGAGUUUAUAUGACUAGAGGCUAACGUUUUUAUUUCAUCUUUGUAAAUAUAGAUCUUAUAAAUUACCGUUGUCUUUUUUUUAUGAACAAUUAGCGCACGUCUUAG